AUGAUGGUCGCUCGAGUAGUUACAGGGUUCGGGGCAGGAACAUUGACGGUUUUGAGAACUUAUGCUGCAACGGCCUCUGUACCUCGUGAUCGGCUCCGAGUUGUUUCACUCGGAACCGCAGGAUUCGUGCUCGGGCUUUCCUUCGGCCCGGCCCUACAGGCUGGGUUCACUCCUAUCGGUGAUGAUGGAUAUCACGUAGGGCCUCUUGUUCUGAAUAUGUACACAGUUCCUGCAUUCUUUAUGGUCAUUAUUUCACUUAUCAGCUGUGUUGUCGUUGUAACACUAUUCAAAGAGGAUUACGCUGGUAUUGUCAAGAAGGAUGGAGAUGGUGAAAAUUUGUUUGUUGUUGUUCCUAAAUAUGAUGUGCUACCAGCAGUCAUUUGUAUUUAUCUCUGGAUAAUAGUAUGCAUGGUGGGAGUUAAUAUCGAAGUGUGA